CGAGCAAAACUGAGGUCCAUGGCCGCCUCAAGUCCACAAACUGUGUAGUGGACAGCCGCAUGGUGGUGAAAAUUACUGAUUUUGGCUGCAAUUCCAUUCUUCCUCCAAGGAAAGAUCUGUGGACAGCUCCUGAACACCUUCGUCAUGCUGAUGUGUCUCAGAAAGGUGAUGUGUACAGCUAUGGAAUCAUUGCACAGGAGAUCAUCUUGCGCAGGGAGACCUUCUACACUAACUUCUGCCGGGACCAUAAAGAGAAACUUUACAGAGUGGAGAGUGGCAAAGGAGUUAGACCCUUCCGCCCAGACCUGAUCCUAGAGACUGCAGGAGAAGGAGAGCUGGAAGUGUGUAUGCUUGUAAAAAGUUGCUGGGAGGAAGAUCCAGAGAAAAGGCCUGACUUUAAGAAAAUUGAGAGCACUCUGGCUAAAAUAUUCAGUAACUACCAUAGUCAGACCAAUGAAAGCUACAUGGAUACCUUGAUCCGGCGUCUGCAGCUGUAUUCCCGGAACCUAGAGCAUCUGGUAGAGGAGAGGACGGAGCUAUACAAGGCAGAAAGGGACAGAGCGGACAGGCUUAAUUUCAUGCUGCUCCCACGGCCAGUGGUAAAAUCUUUGAAGGAAACUGGGCGGGUAGAGCCAGAGCUGUUUGAAGCAGUCACCAUCUACUUCAGCGACAUUGUCGGCUUCACCACGCUAUGCCAAUACAGCACCCCCAUGGAAGUAGUGGACAUGCUCAAUGACAUCUAUAAGAACUUUGACCACAUUCUCGACCAUCAUGAUGUUUACAAGGUGGAGACCAUUGGUGAUGCAUACAUGGUGGUGAGUGGCUUACCAAAGAGAAACGGCAACCACCACGCAGUGGACAUCUCUAUGAUGGCACUGGAUAUCCUUAGUUUCAUGGGGUCCUUUGAAUUACGACAUCUUCCAGGCCUGCCUGUUUGGAUUCGCAUAGGGAUUCACUCUGGUCCAUGUGCUGCUGGUGUGGUUGGGAUUAAGAUGCCUCGUUAUUGUUUAUUUGGAGACACAGUUAACACAGCUUCAAGGAUGGAAUCCACAGGUUUACCUUUACGGAUUCAUGUAAGUGGGUCUACUAUUGCCAUCCUGAAGAGGACAGACUGCCAUUUCCAGUAUAAAGUGAGAGGAAAGACUUACCUGAAGGGCAAAGGAACUGAGAUUACCUACUGGCUGACAGGGGUGAAGGACCAGCAGUAUAAUCUCCCAACACCUCCUUCUGUGGAGAAUCAGCAGCGGUUGCAAGAUGACUUAGCAGGGAUGAUAACAGAGUCUCUGGAGAAAAGGCAAUCUGAAGGGGUCCUGGUGCGUGAGCCUUCCCGGGUGGCGAGCUACCGAAAAGGCACCCUAGAGUACCUGCAGUUGGCCACCACAGAAAACUCCGGCACCCAUCUGUAAAACUAGAUGUCUAGUGUGACAUAAAAACCAUGUACAGGCUACAGAAGAUACUACAUGGAGGCUGGAGAUUUGCAUUCUCAGGGAGAGCUGCGGGGAAAACAAGACUGUUCUCUCUUUGGGAAAUGUCUCUACCACUUGGCUUUUUAAUCAGUGAAUCAGAUAAACCCUUUGCUGUGGUGCCAAAAUGUAGUUGCCUCUAUGCUUGCUGCAUCUUCCCAAUCACCUGAUUGCUUCACCCAGGCACAUCCACCCUGAUUUGGGGAAAGAGAAAAUAUUGUCUAAUAUUUUUAAAAUGUGAUCAGCUGUUCAGUGACCCAUUUCCCAAAGUCUUCUCUGUAGAGUCUUAAUUUAUCGUGAUUUUAAACUUAGUGUUUAACUUGUUGUUAUACUAAACAGAGAUUCUUCCUUAGCUCAAGUGGCAACAGACUAUGUUUUUGGAGAUAAAUAUUAUGGGUUCCAUCCUCGAUGCCUUUCAUGUACAGGUUAGCACAGACCCCAUAUUUGCAGCCACCAAUGUAUUACAUUUACAGUCCCUGAAUGCAGUUUUUAUUAGACGUUUCCUCUCCUGCAUGGUUGGGGUCAUUAAUUCCUGCAUAAGUCCUUUUAUUUAAAUAGUUACACCACGGAUGAAUCAGUUGGCAUGUGUUAUUGUUUGUCUCCUGUCCACAUAUUCCAGUCCUGUGCAUUUCCUUUCUACCUAUAGCAUGGCAAAUUCAUAUUCAUUUACCCUCACUUAAAAAUAUGUACUCUGUUUCUAAGUUGAAUUUAUUUAGCUUCAACUUCCAGCCACUGGAUCUUGUUAUGUCUUUGUCAGCUAGAUCAAAGUGCCCUCUACUAUCAGAAAUCUUCUCCCCUUCUGCUAUUUCAAUCCCAAAUUGUUCCUGCUUGUUUUAAAAACAAACUGCAAGGCAUUGCAUUCCAAAUGGCUUAGUGAGACAUACUUCUGCCCCCAACUGGAGAAGAUUUUGGUUGCACCUUUCACUUGCUCAUUUGAAGUCAUCUCACCAAAUACAACCUACAGCUGUCUUUGAUCAGAGUAUCAGAGUGGUAGCCGUGUUAGUCUGGAUCUGUA